GUAGCGAGAAUUUAAAGUUUACUGAAGAAUCGCGAUAAGGAACCUUAGAAGCAAAGCCGUAAAAUGUUUAAUGGUUCAUCGCAUCCACAUUAGCCAAAAAGUAACAUAAUAAUAUCCACGGUGCAAAGUUCAAGCAGCAUCCAUCCACAUAGGGUUGAGUCAUGUCGUGGAUAACCUUUGGAGCCCUCGCCUCUGGCUUUGUUCUUCAGCGCCUGCUGGGGGGCGACCAGCCGGCCAACAAGGUUCUAGAAAUCAAGAGCGAAUCUCUGGGAACUCUGCAAGUUUUGGCGCGGGAUGAUGCCAUGGUCCUAUUUGCUCCGCCAUAUAACAGCAACGACAAGAGGGCUGUCUAUGAAAUCGUGCUGCAGAGGCCCACCUCGGAUUCAAAUACCACGUCCUUCAGUUUGUACCGAUCUGCAGUGCAAUCGGAGGCCGAGGAGCGUUUUAAUGCUUUCCGCCAAAGAUUACCCGUAUUUGUCAGCAUAGUUAAAGAACACUAUAACAUAAAUGGUCUUCAGAAAACCUGCGACGCCCUAGCGGAUAAUCCAUCGUGGACCCUUGCCCAUUUGGUUGCCUACUUCAAUUUGGUGGACUACAUCAGCAAUCCGAAAGUUUUGCAAUGCAUAGACCAGGCCGAUCACACCUCCCUAAUGUCACCCUUCCAACUGGCCAUCAAGCAAGGCCACAUCGAAAUGGUGAAGGCUUUGUUGCCGCUGAGCAAACUGGAGCAUUUGGAUAUUAACAGCAAUUCGGUGUUCCAUUACGCCGCCAGCACCACGAAGGAAAUUAUUAACCUUCUCACCGACAACAGCACCGUGAACUUAAACCACAUUAACUCGGACGGUUACACACCGCUGCACAUUGCUUGUGUCGGCGACAAGCCCGAUUGCGUAAAGGCAUUGCUAUUGGCCGGCGCCGAUGUGAACUUGAAUGCGAAAAACAUCACCAAGCUGCACAAGACCUCCGCUCCCACCUCGGUGGCUUCAUUCCUCAAAACCAAUGUGAGCAAGUUGUACACCCAAGAUAUGAAAUAUGGAGGCACUCCUCUGCACUGGUGUUCCUCCAGAGAAACCCUUCACGCCCUCAUCAUGGAAGGUUGCGACGUCAACGCAACGAACUUUGAGGGCCGGACUGCGCUCCACGUGAUGGUGGCCAGGAAUCGGUUCGAGUGCGUUGUAACCCUGCUAGCCCACGAUGCUGACAUUGAUGUUUUGGAUCAGGAGGGAAAUGCCGCCUUGCAUAUUGCCAUUGAAAAGAAACUAGUACCUAUUGUCCAGUGUUUGGUGGUUUUCGGAUGCGAUAUCAACUUGAAGAAUAAAGAUGGCAGAACCCCGCGCCAUAUGGUGGGUAACGAUACGAGUGGCAACAAGGAAGACGAGAUUCUGUACAUACUGCACUCGGUGGGCGCCAAACGCUGCACAGAUACAGGGUCCAAAUGUCCGCCAGGAUGCAAUGCUAAAGGCAACUACAACGGCAUCCCCCCGGAAGCUCCGGAGUCCGUGGAGCAACGCGAGCACAUUGAAAACAUGCUGGCCACCACUAGUCGUCAAGUUAUGGGAGGACUACUGGGCGCAGCUGCUAAUGGGCUAAUAGAGAAGCAACCGCCACCACAGAUGCCGGUUGUGGUGGACACUGAGAAGGAGUUGAAAGGACAGAGCAUAAUGGACGCUUUAUUGGGCAUGUUUACCACCAAGGUUAAUGCUGAUGAAAUGAAGAAGGAUACCUCUUCAGGCAGUUUGGCCAGCGCUACUGCCACACCUCCUUCAGCUAGUCCCGAACAGCUACCUUCUCCCACGUCGCCCAUCGCCGCUGAAGUGGGCGACAAGCCAUACGGUCGUGGUCGCCUUCUUUGCCUGGAUGGUGGCGGUAUUCGAGGCUUAGUAUUAGUUCAGAUGCUGCUGGAAAUCGAGAAGCUAUCACGGACGCCCAUUAUUCACAUGUUUGACUGGAUUGCGGGUACCAGUACUGGUGGCAUCCUGGCCUUGGGCUUGGGCUGCGGCAAGACAAUGCGCCAGUGCAUGGGCCUUUAUUUGCGCAUGAAGGAACAAUGUUUCGUUGGUUCGCGGCCCUACAACAGUGAGUUCUUCGAAUCCAUCCUGAAGGACAACCUUGGCGAGUUCAACGUGAUGACGGACAUCAAGCAUCCAAAGAUCAUGGUUACUGGAGUCAUGGCUGACCGCAAGCCUGUCGAUUUGCAUCUCUUCCGCAACUACACAAGUGCCAGUGACAUUCUGGGCAUAGUGACUUCAAUCAGUAACCGACGAAUUCCUCCUCCGCCGCCCCAAGAACAAUUGGUCUGGCGGGCAGCCCGUGCAACAGGAGCGGCUCCUUCCUAUUUCCGCGCUUUUGGACGCUUCUUGGAUGGUGGGUUGAUUGCCAAUAAUCCGACUCUUGAUGCCAUGACCGAAAUCCACGAAUACAACAUGGCCUUGCGGAGCGUGGGUCGCGAGUCGGAGGCUAUACCGGUAUCUGUAGUGGUUUCAUUGGGUACGGGCCAUAUUCCUGUCACCGAACUGAAGGACAUUGAUGUUUUCCGCCCGGAAAGUAUCUGGGAUACAGCCAAACUGGCGUAUGGAAUAUCUACCAUUGGCAAUCUAUUGGUGGAUCAAGCUACCUGUUCUGACGGAAGAGUCGUGGAUCGCGCCAGAGCGUGGUGCAGCACCAUAGGGAUACCUUACUUCAGAUUCAAUCCGCAACUCAGCGAGGACAUCGCUAUGGAUGAGAAGAAUGACCAAAAACUGAUCAAUAUGCUGUGGCACACCAAGGCCUACAUGCACAACAAUCGCAAUAAGAUCAUAGAAAUGAUAAACUUUCUGAAAUAGCGCGCAAGAAGGAUUUAGAUCGCAUUUGCUGUUAAAACAUCUCUUCAGAGAUUUUUCGGAUCUUCUCGAUGUACUUUAGCUUAGUUUACCAAUUUUCCCAUUUUGUUCAGCACCCUUUUCGCGGUCUAAAUCAAAGCUCCCUUCACACACACCCCUUAAAUUACCGAACUAGUCCCACCACGUAAAGUUGAAAAAUGCGAUUAAGUUGAUUUUUUUAUUUUUUUGAGGCUUUUAUAUCCGACACGAAAUAAGCUUUUUAAUGUGUUACUCGUUUUAAGGAGGAAUCUUACUUACUAAUGUUAAUCUUAAAAUCCUGUAUUUUUGUGUGUUAAGUACCCUCCAAUUGAAUUGUGAGCUGAAUCAUAUGAUAGAUAAUACAUUCCGUGCCGCUUUGUUAGAAAAUACAUAUUUAUGGCCGAGCACGAAUUUUGAAUAAAGUUUUUAAGUGUGUAAA